AUGACACACAAGAAGCUGGGUAAGGGUGGCCACAUGGCCAUCAUCGAGAACUGGUACCACCAGAUACCAGCCUUUACCGACGUGUUCACCGAGGAAAGCUUCUACAUGUUUGCGGUUUGCUUCGUCCUCGCUACGAUCGCCGUCGUGCUGGUGCUGUCGCGGUUCAUCACUCUCAAGCCGGUGGAUUAGUCUCUUUUUCUUAAAUAAGUAUGCAGCGCAAACGGCGAACGGGGAAAGGAUGCAAAUAAUAAGGGAAACGUG